UUGAUUCGUCGGACUGGUCGCAAGCGCUCAUCCUCUCUGAGAAUUGCGGCUAUGGCUAUGGACAAGAUAGGGUCGGAGUUCAUGAUGAAGAGCAACCCUGCGUUGAUUAGCUCAUUGCCACGUCAUCCAGCUCCGACUCUUCCACCACGUGAUUACGUGAUUGACAUCAGAGAGAUGGGAGGCGUGGGCGACGGGUUGACCCUCAAUACUGCAGUUUUUGAGCGAGCGAUAUCGGCUAUACAGGCACAUGGUGGGGGGCAGCUAUUCGUACCUCCUGGCCGUUGGAUCACCGGACCGUUCAAUCUCACCUCACACCUCACGCUCUUCGUUUCCAGAGGAGCAAUCAUUCUCGGUAGCCAGGCGCUUGAUGAUGAUGAUGAUGAUGAUGAUGAUGAUGAUGAUGAUGAUGAGGAGGAGGAGGAUGAGGAUGCUGCAGACUCCGUACAGGUCUGGGGUGGCCUUUCCUCCACACCUGGAGCGGGUGGUUCCCGGGGGAAAGGUGGAGGGGAAAUUGAUGGGCAAGGUUGGUGGUGGUGGGCAGCCUUUCGCUCUAAUCUGCUAAAAUACUCGAGGGGUAGCUUGAUCGAAUUCCUUUGGUCAUCUAAGAUAAUUAUCUCCAAUAUCACCCUUCGGAAUUCGCCGUUCUGGACUGUUCAUCCGGCCUUCUGCUCUGACAUUCACAUCCAUGGUGUCGUAGUGCUUGCGCCUGAGACAUCGCCCAACACAGAUGCAUUCGAUCCAGAUUCCAGUGUUAAUGUCCUUAUAGAGAAUUGUUUUAUCAGUACCGGGGAUGACGCUGUGGCGAUCAAGAGUGGAUGGGGCAAUGCAGGCCUUCGAGUCAAUAGUCCAGCGACGAACAUCACCAUACGAUCGAUGAUCAUACGUUUCAGUCAUGGGAUCUCGAUCGGGAGCGAGAUGUCAGGAGGUGUGUCUAAUGUUGCAGUUAGGGAUGUCCAUGUACUUGGAGGCGAGCAUGCUCUUCGCGUGAAGACUGCCGCAGGACGGGGGGGGUAUGUCCGAAAUGUCACUUUCUCAAACAUUUGGAUCGAGAAUACGACGAAAGCGGCAAUAGAGAUCAAUGGCUAUUAUUCAUCGAACCCCCAUCCUAGUGGGGAUUUCGAUACAGCGGCACUCCCGGAUGUAAGGGAUGUUGUUUUCAAGAAUGUCUAUGGCAAAUGGCUGACAAGGGCGGCCAAGUUGGUGGGUCUAAAGGAGAAGCCGUUCACUGGUAUAGUGAUGAUAGAUGUCAUUCUAGAGGUUAAAAACAGGCCGUUGUGGAAGAAAAAGCGUAGUAGUUUUGUCUGUUCAGAUGUCUCCGGAUUUGCGUCUAACGUCUGGCCCCAACCAUGCCCACAUCUGAAGAUCAUCCGACGUCAGAAACUGAGCGACCGCUUUCUGACAUCAGACAUCAGACGCCAGAACCUGUUGGAAGAUUCUAUCAAGAUUCCUCGUGGUUUCCCCGCCCCCAUGAGCAGUUAAACCAUUCAAACCAGUUGAACCAGUUAAACCACCAGUACCUCCACGUUCUUAGGCUGUUAACGUGGUGAACGAAUUUGUCUGCCGCGCGUGGCCAAAUUCAUUGGAAUCAGAGGGGGCCUAAGAAUCCCAUAGGUACUUGUGGUUUAAACCAGUUAAACCAUCCAAACCAGUUGAACCAGUUAAACCACCAGUGCCUCCACGUUCUAAGGCCGUUAACACGGUGGACGAAUUGGCCUGCCGCACGGGGCCAAAUUCAUUCGAAUCAGAGGGGGCCUAAGAAUGCCAUAGGUACUGGUGGUUUAAACCAGUUAAACCAUUCGAACCAGUUAAACAUUUUAAACCAACCAUUGCGACAUGGACUUCAAAGAGAAGGGAUCUUCGGCAACGGCGAAACAGCAAGAGCUCAAGGGGGACUCAAGAAUUGGACUGUUGAUCGUUGACUAGGCGACACCCUCAGGCAAUGAAGACAUCGGACAGGA